AUGGGUUAUCCUUCUGUUAUCGGCGGAGUCAGUAGAAAAGUUAGCUCGCAAAUCUAUACGCAUUCGUGUGCGUUCUAUCGAGUCAAUCGACUCGCUUUCGGUGCUAGAAUGUCUAUUAUCAAGACUGAUAGUGCCAAACCUUCCUUUAUCAUCUAUUCGACAAUCCCUUACGAUCAGAAUGUCAUUGCUUCUGUUGAUAAAUUGAUGACUGAAAAUGGCGAUUUACCAAAGGGUAAGUCUUUUAUUGACAAUGUCUCUUAUAUUAUCAUUCCAGAUAAAGAACAUACCAUGGCUUUAUUACCUUAUAAGGAGAAGCAUCCCUCUAUCAAGGUAAUUGGAUUUGAAGGCUGCGACCCUCAAAUUGAUUCUGCAAUUGACUUCAAGAUUGCUGAUAGUCAAGGUAAUAAGAUCCUCAAGAGGAAAGACCUAAUUGGAUUGGGGAUUCCCGAGGACUCAGAUCUUAUCAAAGCUGACCUACAAUUCGUCUACAUCCCAUCUCAUCAGAACAAGGAGUUGAUGGUCUACGUUCCUGGUUCAAAGACACUACUUGAGGCUGAUAUGUUCUUCAACUUGCAGUACACGGGCCACCGAACACCUGAAUCCGAUUUGUUCAACGAACAGUUUGGCGGUAAGGACCCUCAAUCGGGUUUAUGGGGCUGGCUAACCAAGAAGGCAUUUACUCCGGGCACUUUUCUCAACAAUCAGUUGACUGGAGGUAUCAUCAAGGACAAACCAGCAGCCAAGAAGGCCAUCGAACAGAUGUUGCAAGAGUGGGACUUCAACAAGAUUAUCGUUUGUCACGGAGACACAAUCAAUAGGGACGGUAAGGAAGUUUGGAGAAAGGCUUUUCAGCAGUUAUUACAGUAA